CCCUGACUUCCUCUUUGUAUUUAUUACAACCCUUCUCUCUCUCCUCUUCUCUCACCCCUUCCUCUGUCAGUUGCCCUUCUCAGUCUCUAUCCCACCAUUUUUCAGUCUUAACUCCUUAAUUCAAUCUCAUUCUUCACUCUCUAGAACUGAACUACAACAGAUAAAGAUCUCUGGUAAGCUCUAAUUCAAUCUCAUAGUUUUAGUUUCUGUUCUAAAAUAUAUUCUUUCAAGAAAUCACUCCAGUUCUAAGUUUUGCUCUUUCACUCUGUUUUCCUCUUCUAUUUCUCUCAUUGGAAGGAGAUCUAAAGUAUAGAGGAAAACAGAGAACCAUGAUUUCAAUCGCUUCUCCUGAAACCCAACAGUCACAAAUCUCUUCCCAGACCUCAACACAGGCAGAGACCCCAACUCAACACCCAGAGACUUUCAUAUUUCGAUCCAAACUCCCAGACAUUCCCAUCUCAAAUCACCUCCCACUUCACACAUACUGCUUCGAAAACGUCUCAGAAUUCUCAGAACGACCCUGUUUGAUCUCUGGCUCCAAUGGAAAAAUCUACACUUUUGCAGAGACUCACCUCCUUUGCCGAAAAACCGCAGUUGGGUUAUCAAACCUGGGUAUCAAACAAGGAGACGUCAUCAUGAUUCUCCUGCAAAACAACCCUGAAUUCGUCUUCUCCUUCAUGGGAGCUUCCAUGAUUGGAGCUAUAACAACAACAGCAAACCCCUUCUACACCCAAGCAGAGAUCUUCAAGCAAUUCGAAGCCUCUGGUGCAAAAGUGAUCAUUACCCAAUCUCAAUACGUCGACAAGCUUCGGGAUUCCUCCGAAAAAUUCCCAAAAAUGGGAGAAGAUUUCAAGGUUAUUACCAUCGAUGAUCCACCAGAGAAUUGCCUCCAUUUCUCUGUAAUCUCAGAAUCAGACGAGAAGGAUUUGCCAAUUAUUUCUAUUGAUCCGAGUGACCCAGUUGCUCUUCCAUUCUCUUCGGGGACAACUGGGUUACCCAAAGGUGUGAUCUUGACACAUAAGAGCUUGAUUUCAAGUGUAGCCCAGCAAGUCGAUGGAGAGAAUCCAAAUCUGUAUUUGAAAUCAGACGACAUUGUUCUCUGUGUUCUUCCCCUGUUCCACAUCUUCUCUUUGAAUUCAGUUCUGCUCUGUUCGCUUAGAGCUGGUGCAGGGAUUCUGUUGAUGCAGAAGUUUGAGAUUGGAGCAUUGCUAGACUUUAUCCAGAGAUACAAAGUUUCUGUGGCCCCGGUUGUUCCACCUUUGGUUUUGGCGAUGGCCAAGAAUCAGAUAGUCGAGAAUUUCGAUCUUAGCUCGAUCCGGAUCGUGCUGUCAGGAGCAGCCCCACUCGGCAAGGAGCUCGAGGAUGCGCUACAUCAGAGAGUACCUCAAGCGGUGUUUGGUCAGGGUUAUGGCAUGACAGAGGCUGGACCGGUUCUAUCAAUGUGCCCAGGAUUCGCAAAGCAGCCCAUCCUGACCAAGUCCGGUUCGUGCGGUACCGUGGUAAGGAACGCAGAGCUCAAGGUCAUUGACCCUGAGAGUGGUUUGUCACUUCCGCACAACCAACCCGGAGAGAUAUGCAUCCGUGGACCGCAGAUCAUGAAAGGGUACCUAAAUGAUCCUGAUGCCACCACAUCAACCAUUGACGUUGAGGGUUGGCUCCACACAGGUGACAUAGGGUAUGUAGAUGAUGAUGAAGAGAUCUUCAUUGUUGAUAGAGUGAAGGAACUCAUCAAGUUCAAAGGCUUCCAGGUGCCGCCGGCGGAACUCGAGGCCUUACUUGUGAGCCACCCAUCCAUUGCGGACGCUGCUGUUGUCCCACAAAAAGAUGAAGUCGCCGGAGAAUUUCCUGUUGCAUUCGUUGUCAGGUCAAAUGGGUUUGAGCUCACUGAAGAGGCUGUGAAGGAAUUCAUUGCCAAACAAGUGGUGUUUUAUAAGAAACUGCAUAAGGUCUACUUCAUCCAUGCUAUUCCCAAGUCCCCUUCUGGUAAGAUUUUGAGAAAGGAUCUUAGAGCCAAACUUGCCUCAUCAGCAGCCUAGAUAGGAAAACGAAGGCUUUUUUAUUUUUAUUUUUUGGUGCAAGUUUUAGAUUGAACUAGUGGCCUUGGUGAUGGGUUGGUGUGGUUAUAACCCAUAAACAAAUCCAAAAGGGGUGGGAUUCAAGGAGACAUAAGAGGCAGUUUGGAAAUGCUACAAGGAGAGGGAAUUGGACCUCCCAAUUGUAUUAGUAAGAAGUGUUCUUUUAUCCUUUUUUAUUUCUAUGUACUUUAACUCAAAAUUUCUUAUAAUAAGAGAACACUUUAGUUUUCUUGAAA